UAAAAUAACGUACAUAUUUAUUAGAAUUAAUAUCUGAUUUCUUUAUAAAUAUAUAAUUCUAUAUAAAUUUAUCAAUAGUUACAUCAAUAAAAAACUUGGACAUUUUGGAUGUAAAGUAAAGUAAAAUUUCUAUAAUCUAUUUUUGAAAAUAGAUUUGUAUUAUUAUUUUGCAAAUAUUUGAUUUGUAUAAUUUGUAUAAAAAAUUGUAAUUCAGACAAUAUCGUUUAAUUGUCAAUAUUCAUAAUACAAGACUCUUCUUCGCAAGUAAAUUACAUUAAAUUAUGUUGAACUUGUUUUUCAGAAAGUACUUGUUUUUCAGAAACCUCUCUUCUUCUUUCAUUUAAAUUUUAUAUCACGUGUAAGUAGUUCAGAAUAAUAAUGGUAUAAUUCCGAUUAUUGAUUUUUCGAGAAAAACAAGUUUUUCCGAAUGUCCUCGAAUCAAAUAAAUACGAAUAACGUCAUUCGCUUAUUUAAUUAUUUCACGAACGAUAUAACGACUUCCGGAAAAACCGAAAUCGCAUCGAUAAAUUUCCCCGAUAAAAAUAACGAAUGUCAGAUCGAAAGAGACGCAUCACUCGUGUUAUAUCCCUAACACCUCGACGUCGAAAUAUCAUUCGAUCUUCUUAUUUCGACGCCACCGAUCUAAUCAAAUCAUCCUAAAAACCAUUUCCAAUCCCAUCGCAUCCUCGCCAAUAUCCUCGCGUCACGUCCCCCUCCCCCUCCGAUUUCUUCCAAGCAAUUUAAGCAAAAAUCCCUCCUCAAACAAACUCCACCACUCUCGCCCCCCCUUUCCCUCCAUUCACGAAAAUCCUUGGCCGGCCACUUCCGCGUGUUGCAUCGGCGAGAGAAAAAUUUCGAUCGCCACCACGGAGGAUCCAUCGGCGCAGCCGGUGUCGGCCGCGUACGCGCCGCUCCUCUCGGUAGUACGCGUCGCCGCGCGCGUAGUACGUGGCCGAGAGAGCGGAGCAGCGCGUGCUGGCGGUUGAAUAUAGCGUCGCGGAUGGGUCGAUAACGCGCAACUCUCUCGCGGAGUCGGCGAUGCCACGCUGUACCGCUCCUAAGCCGAGCUUUCCUCUCAUUCCGUCGUAAGCCCGCACUCUGGCACAUCCAUCCGCCGCCGCCGCCACCUGCACCAACCGGCCGACCUCCGCCACCACCGCCGACCACCACCACCAUUACCUCCUCUAUUAUCGCCACCACCGGCGCGUGAUAUUCGGCCUGGCCUGCCAGCGGCCACCGUCUCCACCACCAACCUGUCGUCUCCCGCGUCACACGUUGGCUGAAAGCGAAAUCGUCGAAUCGUCGUGCCAAAAGGUGGCAACGAGGUGCCAGUUGUUAGUGUUCCGAGCUGAGUGAACCGGUGCAACGAUAACGACAUCGAUGCUUUCUCUUUUUCUUCUUCUCCUUCCUCUUCUCCUUCUUCUUUUCUUUUCUCGUUUAAGUGUGACGUGUCGUGUGAUGUACCUGUUAAGGGGGGGCACUGUAUCCUCCGUGGAGAUAUAAGAAAGGUGGUAGUGAAGGAAAUUUGGAAUAGUGCGUCCGGAAUUCAACCUCUGCCCAGACCGGUUUCGCGCGAUCGGCAAGUUAUCUCACGGUAGACGCGUGCCUCGCGCGCGCCUCGAGACCGCCGUCAGCUUGAUUAACAGGUUGUCGUCGCGGGCCUCUUUGUUCGUCGCGUGCCGAGAGCCGAGGAUAUUUUUCUCGCCGCUAUUGGCUCGGCGUCUCGAGCGAAUUCGUGGUCCGGAUUCCGCGGCGAGGUUUCGACGCGCGCGCGUCAACGGGAGCUUCUCUCAGUCGGGAUCCCUGUGUUGGACCAAGAGCGGAGGAACAGGGGACGGGACGGAUCGAUGAGUCUUUGGUGCGUGUGAUCGAUGAUCGGUGAUCAUCGCGAGUCGCGAGUCGCGGUGUGUCGGUCGACGAAUGAGUGUCGUGCACGAGUCGCGGAUCGAAGCGUUUCGAGGCGUCCUAGCCGAUGAACGGAUUGAUGGGAGGAUGAGAAGUCAGCGAGUGGAUCAUGGACGAGCGGAGCGACACGGCGCAGUGAAAGUGAUCGGUAACCGAUCGACGUGAUGCCAGUGAUCCCUUGUUCGAUCUUCCAUGCCGAUCCCCCUCUGAUCCGUUGCGCGCGAUCCGUCUGAUAGAGGGAAGAUUGGAUAGAUUCGAGGUGCUCGCGAGUGUUGUGUGUCAUGUAUCACAGGUGACGAGCCUAAAUAUAUAUAUAUAUAUAUAUGUAUAUAUAAUUCGCCCGCGACAUAUUUUCUACGAUGUUAUGGUGUUCGAUCGGAAGGAAGAGGAAGGUUGCCGGUCUGAUCGACUGGUUUCGGACAUCGGCUCGAGUGUCCAUCACGAUGCAGGGGGUCGCCGUUGGCAAGUCGACGCGCGGUUAGACUCCGAGAAUAAGAGGGACUCCGGCCGCGUGUUCGAGGUGUGCCCUGACUCCUUCGUCGUCCAGCGAAACCGACUCUCGGUCGUUCCAGGUGCAAGUGACGCGAUUCUUAAUCACGAAGCGAAUGAAUUGUUCGCGUCGACGACGACGACUCGUCUCGGAUACGGCCUGUUUCGAUGAAAAAGUGGAAUCUUGACGGAUUCGGUUCUCGUUCCCGUGCUCCACGAAUGUUCCAGCCGGCGCACGGUCGAGGUGGUACGGUGUUUUUACGAGUGCUUACGGGGCGGCCGUUAAUGCGCGUCGAGCGGCAAUUAAAGACGCCGCCGCGUCCGUCAGCUGCGUGUACUGGUCCAACAGAUGUUUCCCCGGCUGGAAGAUUCCGGGUCCACGAUCGUGUUGUUCCAGCGUGCGGUAAGCGCGCCCGCUAACGAUAACGAGUGUCAUUUGCGAGCAGGCUGAUCGUGCGAUCAUUGUCGUCCGUAGUUUGUGGCGCAGUUAAAUCACCAAGCCGCGAAACAUUAGUGCCCCACGGGAAAAUGAGGAGAUCCUGUUCGUUCUCCAUCUCAAGAGUGACAACGGGCUAGUGGACACAGAUCCAGGUCGAGUUAGCAACAUGACAGCCAUCAACUCGGGUCCGGUCGGGGAAGUGGGCGGCGUCAGGCUGCCGUUGCAAUCAUUACAUGGGUACGGAUCUGUGUUCAUGUACUCGGCGUCGACGAGUCCCGGGGGUGGAGGUGGCCAGGGUGGCGGAGGCGGAGGUGAAGUGACCCUCCGCCUCCGCGAACCUGAGGAUAUUCCCGAAGAAGUUCUUGCACGCCUCGAGGACACGGCCACCCUCUCCAUCUCUCUUCAAAGCGACGCAGUGUUGAGGCUGGGGGCAGCUGGCACGGGAAACGGGAAUUUAGAAUUGUUCGAUAGUGAGAGCGGGCCGGACCUCACACUAUCACCUCAGACCUUCACGUCGACGGCGGAGGCCUUCAUCAAUGACAAUAGUGAUAGUCUUGGUGUUCCAGGAGACAACGAUACGGGUAGCAGCGAGGAAUCGAGACCUGGGGGUGGGGAUCCUGGAAAGUUGGGGGUGAAGAAACCAAGACCGAAGGCUUCGUCGCCCAACCGACAGGGACCACAGCAGUGCCAGGUCUGCGGGAAAGUGUUCAACAACGCAUCGGCGCUUACGAAGCACAAGCUGACGCACAGUGACGAGAGGAAAUAUGUGUGCACGAUGUGCGGCAAGGCGUUCAAGCGGCAGGACCACUUGAACGGGCACAUGCUAACGCAUCGAAACAAGAAGCCGUACGAGUGCAAAGCGGAGGGAUGUGGCAAGUCGUAUUGCGACGCGAGGAGUCUGAGGAGGCACACGGAGAAUCAUCAUGCCGGUAGCAAGGUGAACGAAAGCGUUAGUCCUAGCAGUCCAACCACCGGUCCUCACACACCAAAUACACCGGGAAGUAAUCCCAGCACGCCAAGCACACCAGGAGCGACGUCGACGGCCAACGGCCAUGGACAUCCGGCCUUAAAACAAUUGCUCGCCACGGAACCGUCACAGACGCAGCAGCAAAAGAGUGCCACGUCUCCUGGUGCUAGCAACGAUGGUCUCACGAAACAGCAACUUGAGCUCAUUCAACAGAUUAUGCAGCAAACACAGCAGCAACAGCAACAACAGCAACAAACAUCCGCGCAACAGCCACAACAACAACGCAGCAAUUCAUCAAGCACAGUCACAGCGCAGAUUCAAAAAACGCAAAAACCGUCCGUCAAGUCCACAACUUCAUCUGGCAGCGUUUCGAAUAAUUCUGGAAGUUCAAAUGCAACAAAUAACGCGAGAUCCAGCCCCAAACCUAAAGUCUGGAGUCACGUACAGCAACAGCAACAACAAGCACAGCAGCAAGCACAGCAACAGCAACAGCAGCAACCGCAACAGCAGCAUCAGCAACAACAGCCGCAGGCUAAUUCGCCAGGAGGUGGAAAUGUGGGGAAAAGCAGCCCGUCGCCGGGAAAUUCGGCAUCCCCUGGCACUGUGACAGCGUCCAACAAGUCGCAGACCGAACCGAAACCGGUCGAGUGCAAUUUGUGCCAUCGAAAAUUCAAAAAUAUACCGGCACUAAAUGGCCACAUGAGACUCCAUGGCGGUUACUUCAAAAAGGAUGCUGAGAACAAGAAAAGCGAGAAGAAAGAGGUUGUUGGCCCGCCUUUACAAACCGCGUCUGUCAGCGUUAGAGCGCUCAUUGAAGAAAAAAUUAUACAGAAAAGAACGACUGAAAUGUUUUGCCUCGUUUUAGCAGCGGACACAAAUUCAAAUCAACAGGCACGCACAAACGCAACAGUUUUUACCACCCAAGCCGACAAUGCGUCGCAAAUUUCCGGUAAAACGAGCUUCGCGGUACCAGCACCGCCUCCAUUGGCCUCCGCGGAAAAGGUCCGAAGACUUUCGGAUGGCGAGCACUUCCGGCAGCCCAAUGUCACCGUUUCCGGUCACACGACCGUGCAAAAACAGCUACAGGAAGCGCAGACCCAGGCUCAGGCGCAGGCGCUGGCCGACAUGAUCUUGAAGGGAACUACUAAAAUGGCUGUGAAAAGAACAACUUCCGAUCCCGGGCAAAGAUUGCAUCUGACUUAUCAGACAUCGGUUCAAUCGACGACUAGUCAGCAGCAACAGCAACAGCAACAACAGCAGCAGCAACAGCAGCAACAGCAGCAGCAGCAACAGCAGCAAAAUAAUCAGGCUCAAGCUCAGCCUACGGUUACAGAAAGUUUCUCAAUGACAGGUUACUCUGAAGACGGUGGUUAUUUUAGCCCAAGCCUUCAAGAUGAGGUGUUUCAACAAGUCACUGCAGUUCCUGACAGCGUUCUUCUUCAUGCUACUCAAUUGGAUUCACUUCAAUUUCAGACAGCGAGCCUAUUACAAGAACAGCCCGCGGAGCAAUUGCAAGACAUCACUCUAGAGGAUCGAUAUCCAUCGCAGCACACAGUGAACCCAGACCUGCAGGCGUUGGUGAACUCCCCGUUGCCAGACUCGUUAGCCGAGUUCAGCACGUACGGUGCCCAAUACACCGAGAGUCCGCACACGUUACCCACUCAGUCUCCUCUGCCAUCGCCCUUGACGAGACACGACAGCCCGAGCUUCACAUAUCCAACGCCGCCAGCGAGUCAGGAGGGUCUUCUCACGGGCAGCUUCCCCCUGCUCAGUCCCCAAGAGGAUCCGGAGACCGUGAGACAAGUCUCGUCACCGUUGUCCGCGGCUUUCUACGCGAGCACCAUGUCCUCAGCGGCAGCUGUUGAGGAAGCUCUGAGCGAGGUGUUGCCAGGCGAAUCCGAAGCAGACACCGACCUCUACGGGUCCGGUUCACCUAAUCCUCACUCGCCACUGCCAAGCCCGUUAUCGGCGACCCCGGCACCGUCGCCGUUGUCCUCGUUGCCGCCCUCUUCGGUCUCGUCACCAGGACCCGUGUCGUUCACCGGGACGAGUUUCCCCGUGUCGCCGCAUCACGCCCUCCAGAAUCAGAUGAUGCCCAACUCGGAGGAUCCCCUGCUCUCCUCGACCCCGAAAGACUUCACCACGGCCAGCCGGAGACGGUUCGAGUUCCAGUCGUACAAAUUUAUCACCAGCCAGAACUUGGUGGACUUCGGGUUGGGUAACGGUAGCCUGGCCGGGAUCGUGGUGGACAACAACGGCGAGUUCAAGCUUAUCCAGACGGCGGGGUUGCAGAAGACGAACGUGCUGGUGCAAACUGGCUCCCUGAGCCCCGCCCUCACGUUCAAGAAGGAGAUGCGGCUGGCAACGCCGAAAAUGGAACCUGUCACCGUGAACCUGGGCCUGAACGUGCAGACCAACCAUCAGUACAACGCCGGCCAGUUCAAUCAGCAGCAAGUGGUGAACCCGACAAAGUUUCUCAUACAGACGAACGUAGCCAAGAAUAAUAAUCUGAGGCAGAAGGUGGCCGGUGGAGGGAACCUGCCCAUCCCGGUUGAACAGAUCAAGGAGGAGCUUUUGGACGAGGACGUGUUUCUUAAUCCCAGUAACGUGCCGGCUGGCAGCCCUGUCAGGCAGUGCAGAAAAAGGCCACGCAUGGAUGGAGGCCUGUACGCGAGCGCUUCGUAUCCGUCUAGAUUGAGGAAAGCCUGCGACAGGCAUUGGGACAGUAGUUACACGCCGCCACCGAUCUUGGAUCCUUCCCGCCCUGGGCCGGGCCUCUACGCCAGGCUGCAUCAGUACGAGAGGGAUUCUGAUUUCAGCUCCGACGAUUCGCAGGGAAACGAUGGCCCUCCCCCUAGAAUUAAUAUCGGCACGAGGUAUCAGGCUACGAUACCACCGGUCGGUAGUGACGGGGACAGAGGAAAGGGGGAGCCAGAGCCCGACCAUCUGCUCUGGGAUCCUGGUAUAAAUAACGUGCUGACGGAUAAUGAAUUGGAUAUGUACCUACAAUUUGCAUGCUGCGCCGCGGUACCAGGUGGAGGAAGAAACAAAGAAUACGCGCUUCAUCUGCUGCACAUGUGCAAAGGGAAUAUUCAUGAGGCCAUGCUGAAGUUAAUGAGACCAACACCUCCGUUGCCAGCGGAACAUCCGUUGCUCAGUUACGAGUGUCACGAAUCCGACCGAUGGACGUCGCAAGAGAUGGACGCAUUCUAUCAGGGCCUGUUGAAGUACAACAAGGAUUUCUCUGCGAUCUCGCGAGACGUGGGUGGCAAGUCCGCGAAACAAUGCGUGCAAUUCUAUUAUCUGUGGAAGAGGCUCUGCCCGGACGAAUACAGCAGACUUCGUGUUCGCCACGGUAAACCAAAGAUUAAGACAGAGAGCAAGGAUUGCAAGGAUACCAGGGAGCUUCGCGACGCCAUUGCGUCGGUCACGGAGAUGGACUUUAGCGAAGACAAAUCUAUUCUUCAUCGCACUCUGUUACAGACAAAUGAGAGAGAAAACUCGGCUACUCUGACCACCAGCGACGGAGAGCUGAGAUUAUUUGCAUACGACUGCCCCGAUAGCUUUAGCGGAAGUGUAACAGUAACGAUGGCCGGGAGCACCCAAACCGCCCAAACCGGCAAUACCGGCCACGCCACAGUCAACACCAACUCACAAACUCACACUAGUUCUGAGCAACAACUACCCGUGCCCACCCCACUUCACUACCCCUGCAAGAUUUGCGGGAAAGUUUUCAACAAAGUGAAAAGCAGAAGCGCGCACAUGAAAUCCCACAGGCCGGUACCCUCGCCCGAUUCAACGGGGCAGGAAUCUAAGAGGCCUGUCCAACAGCAAUCCAAGACGCAACAAUCCCAACAAUCCAUCCAGCAACAGCGUCAACAGCAGCAGCAGCAACCGCAACAGCAGCAGCAGCAACAACAGCAACAACAGGCGAGCAACGUUUCAUCACAGGCCCAAGAUUUCAAUCAGCAGCAACUGCCUCCCAGCAACGGCGACACCGGCGCUCAGAAUCCAGCGCAUUUAUGGCACAAUCCGACACGGUUCAGGCCACCAUAGGACGAUGCCCAGCCGGUUCAACUAAAGUUACCUUAACGAAGGCUGUAACGGUACGGUAGGAAAGUAUUUUACGGUCGCGCGAACUACGUAAUAGAACAGGCACUACUAAAUAUAGGAUAGAAAAGGAAAAAAGGGGAUGAAAAGAGAACAAUAAAUUCACGGAUCGUCGAAGGAUCGCCGUCAGACGGCACGACGGAGGAAAACGUUAAGAAUUAGUGAUCUCCCCCAAGUGUCGUCCAUUACCAUUAGAGCCAAAAUGUCUCUGAUCCUCCUGGCACAGGCGAAAACAAUUUUAGGCGAGAUAAUGUAAAACGGACACUUCCACGAUAGAUAUAUAUAUAUAGUUCCAAGGAAAGAUGGAAACGAAGAGUAGAAGGAAGGGAAGAAUAAUAAAAAAGAAAAAAAAAAACAAAAACGAGAAUACCUCUUAUACGCACUAUGGACCUGAGCGAAGCGAAAUCCCGCGUGUUCUCUGCAGCCAGGCCAGCCAUACACCAUAAAUUAAAUACCUACGCGAAAUACAUAUAGAAGUGCGAAACGCGUGCAACGAAAGAUGAAGCUCGCGAGGUACCUCUAUCCGUCGUUGAUUGAAAAACAAACUCUCUGGCCAGAAUCGAUUCUAGCUUCUUUUUUUUCCUUUCUUUUUUCUUUUUUUUUUCUCCUCGAAGAAAUCUAAGCACACAGAAUCGAGACGAAACGGGGAUAGAGGUCCCUCGAGGGCGUUGUACUUCGCAGCCGUAGUCGAAGCUCUGUUCAACGAGGAGACAGGGUAACGGAAGUCCUUCUAUUCGUGUUAGAAACGUGGAAUGGACAAAACGUCGCGAUCAAAAUCGAUUGGAUUGUCGAUGGAAUAAUAAUCGAACGUGCAAGCUUUCCGUCUAUUUCUUUGUCUUUUUUUUUUUUUUUGUAAUUUCGCUUUCGUUUCUUCGAUUAACGAAGAGGAUAAUAAUAUUGGAUGAACCUAAAUAUUCUAGAGCUCUUACGCGAACGUCAAUAUAUACAUCGGAUGAUGUUUGUUUCGAGUCUUUUUAUUUUUCUCGACUAGCAAGUUAACAGGGGCUAAAAGUUCAUUGGACAAGUUGAAUGGGGGAAUUGGUCACGAUUAUUCGUGGUUUUCGAUGUGUACCUAUUACGACUAUAUACGCACGUGAAAUGUUUCCUGGAUUGUGCCACAAGACAUUACAACUGUUACCUGUUGCCCUCCUUGUCAUUCUUUUUUUUUUAAAUCUUUCACAUCAUUUCCCCUUCUUUCCCUUACUCUUACUUUUCCUUUAUUCUUCUCUGUUUAUUGUAUAUAUAUAUAUAUAUAUGCGCUUACGGGAAUCGGCUCACGAAUCGAAAUAUUUAAUCCAUGAAGAAUCAAAACCUGAAAAUUUGAAUCUUUACAGAAGAUUGACAUCCAAAUAUGGUAAAAAAUAUUUCUAUUCGAAUAUUUUUCAACGAUGGGAGAAAAAAGGACGUAACGUAAUCAAAAUUUGUUUUAGUUCUAAGACUAUAAAAGUCAGAGGUCAGAAUUAAAAAAAAAAAAAAAAGAAAAAGAAACAGAAAAGCUAAAUCGAAGAAUUUCGUUAUUUUAAGAAAAACACGCGUGAAAGAUGAUGAUCCGUGAACCGGAAUCCGUCGUUCUAAAAUUAAUACGACUUGUUGCACGUUCGCUCUAGUUCUACUUAGUUUAAAAUUAAAUUAGCGUAUUUAAAUGUCGAUAAGUAAGCGAUCAAUUGUCAAGAGAAAACGUUCGUAGAUUUGUUGAAGCUCCCCAAGAUUUUUGUUACCUCUGUUACUUAAAUAUAUAUAUAAUAUAUAUAUUAACUAUAUUUGUGUCAGAAUAAAUUUUAAUAUAUUAUAUAUAUAUAUAUACAUAUAUACAUAUUAUACAUAUGUAUAAACAGAUCGAUGUAAUUUGAAAACGAUUCGUAGCCUAGGCAAAAUAUAGUUCUAUCAUAGAAGAAAGAGCGAAAGAAACCGAGAGAGAGUGAGAGUGAGAGAGAGAGAGAGAGAGAGAUACACGUUGUUCAAGUUUCACUUCGGUCCGCGAUCGAUCGUGCGAUCGCGAUCGAACUGUAACAUAAUUGAUUAUAUACAUACAGCCAUGAAUACAUUAUACAUAUAUAUAUAUGUGUGUGUGUGUGUGCGUGUGUGUGUGUAUAUACAUAUAUAUAUAUACGCGCAUCGAACGAACAGACACGUGGUAGAAAGCGUUUAUUUAUUAAAAUAUGAAUGGGAAUAAAAAGGGAAAGAAGCGAAAGAAGGGGAGUGAAGAGGAUUAUUAUUCGACUAACAAUGAUAAACGUUAGAGAUCAUCAACUCUAUGUGUACAUAAUCCGUGUACAUGUCUGUACAUAAUUCUAAACGUCAGUGUCUGUAUGUACAAUUCGAAUGAAUUUUAAACGCAAAAAUAAAAAAUAUAACGUAGGCUAGGUUUUAGGUUGUUUUAGGAGGGAUAUAUAUUAUAAAUAAAGUAUAUAUACUUGGCUUGAUUUUCUACCUUACUAGGGACUACGAGGCGAGACUCUUGGGACAAACUUUUUGUGUCGCCUGGACACGGUUUAUCGUAAUCUUUAUCAUUUCAUCUUGAAUAAAAAUAACGAUGUUCCUGUAUGUAAGGUGCCUUAAAUGAUCGUUUAUGUUUGAUUAUAAAUUAUCACAUGAAGGUGUUGAAAGAUGAAAAGAUGACAGAUUGUUUUUGAAUAUUUUGAAUUUUAUUUGAUAAGCAUUUUCAAAUAUACAUAUAUAUAUAUAUUUCGAAUAAUUAUUUUAUCGUUUCAUUAAUAUAGGUGUUAUCAUAAAAAAUUCAAUGUUGUAUUUGUUUUAAAUUAUAUUUCAUUACGUUGUUUUUGCUUGUUUUCAGUAUAUAUAUAUAUAUCGUGUAUAUAUAUAUACAUAUAUAGGAACAUCGUUCGUUUUCGCGAUUGAAAUAAUAAAAGAAACAAGCCUCGUACAAUGUUUCACGAUUCGUGUGAACGUGUUCAAUACACAUACACGUCGACACAGUUAGUAGAUUGUUAUCCAAGAGUUUAUCCGCCGAUCGUAGCUGCUCUAACUCUACCUUAAAGAUAUUGUUAUUGUUAACACUCUUCUUCUUAUUAACUUUUACCAUUAAAAAAGGAAAAUUAAAGGAAAAAAAAAAUCACGAUAUACAUUUUAACUUUUUAAACUUUUCACGUGUAAAAAGGGGAGAUAUGCGAGAGAGAAAGAUGAGAUGCAAGUGACUGAGGAUACUUUUAAAAAAAUCUGCCAAGUUUUGAAGGGAAACAAAAAGGGAGAAGAUAAAUGAAAGAAAAUGAGGAUCCAUGUAAACGAUGGCUUUAAAUUUUCCAAUAUUUUCUUUUCUUUCCUUUUUUUUUUUCCAGUUCGAAAAUAUGCAGGCGAUGAAUGUUGUAACGUUAUGGCGUGCGUAACAGAUAGCGAGGAAGAUACGAAUGCGAAAGAUCUAAAGAAACUUCCGUUUAACGUUCGACAUUCGAGAGAAGAAUUCAUUGAAUUUAAUUAACAAGCUUAUGAGAGAAUCGUCUGUGUCUUUUAUGCGUGUGUGUCUUGUGUUUCUUCCAUGUUUUCCCUUUCCAACCCCUUUCAACCCUCUGAUUCACUAGCAAAAAGAAAAAAAAAAGAAGAGAAACGUGUAACGCGCUGUUCAAACGAUAAACGUUCCGGCCACGCACCAUUCGUUCAUUUACAGACAAGAAUUGCGUAUCGAUAGAAGAAAGACGUAUUACCAAGGGCACCAUUCCAUCUAAAGAAAAAAAAAAAAAGAAAAAAAAGAAAAAAAAAUCAUCUCUCCGAAUGAGAAAAUCGCGCAAAAAAGUAAAAUCGAUCCUUAUUUUCAGUAAGUACCUAUAAAACGUUCCACGAACACGCAACGAACGAACGAACGUUUCGUUUAAAGAGAGAUAUUUUUAUCACGUUGAUCGAAUACUUGAUGGACGAUGGUGGAGGAAGCGAAAUAGUAUUUUGUCGUUUAAAAUUUUUGCGUGUAUUUAUUUUUUAAUCGCUGAUAACAGAUAUAAUUACGGCCCAUGGAUAUACUUCUUUUACGACCAUGAUGAGGAACACGCAUGAUGAUUUUAUAAACUCUGAGUGAACGGCCUCCAGUAGUAAGGAUGAAUACGUAGGAAGGGGGAGGAAGAAGAGGAUAAAUCGAAUAGCGAUAAAUCGAGAUCGUAAUCCUAGAAAUCUAAUAAUUAACUAUACUAACUAAGAUCCUAGGUGAUUCGAGUCUUAAAAAUAAGUUCAGUUUAAGGUGUAAAACUGUUGAUAUGAAUUCCGACUACAGGCUCGGUGAAUAAGUCGAAUGCAACAAAAUUAGCAGACAUAUCAUUUAAGACAAUACACUUGUUACAGAAACUACGUUUCUACUAAUGUAAUUCUUAUUAUAUGUAUGUAAUCUAAUUCUUAAUCGGACUUAGAGAGAUUCGAGGUAAAACGUGACGUAGUUAGUGAUAAAAGAAAAAAGAGAAAAAAAAAGACGGAAGAAUGGAAUGGGAGAAGUGAGGAGAAGGAAGAAAGCGUUCGAAUUAAUAUUAAUAUUGAAAAACCAAAUCCAGAGAGUCAAUUGUUGACUAGUGUUAAUCGUUGAAAUAAUCUAAUCGAAUAUUUCAAUCAUUUCUACUCGAACCAAACAUUGCAACAUUUUAUAAUUAAUUUCGUCAAAUUGUGUUACGAAUUUACACACGAAAGGACAAAAUAAUGUCGAUGUACUUAACAUGGAUAUGUGUUAUUGAUUAACUUCUUAAGCUAAUCUAAAGUAAAAUUAUGUACUUAAGAAAUUAUUCUUCGUUCUUUCUCACGUAACGCAAAAAAAAAAAAAAGAAAAAAAAAGAAAAUGUUCGACACUCUGGAUUUAUUUAAGCGGCGAUAUAAAAACGAAAGGCAAUCCUGGAGGCUGAUUACUCAGAAAUCGAGGAAAGGUUAACGAUAAAACGAAGCAAUGAAACAGUAACGAAGAUAUGCAUGAAUUGUACAAACGAGUCCCUCCACGUCACAGAAAAAAAGAAUGAUAUAUAUAUAUAUCUAUAUGAAGAAUAUAUAUAUAACAAAAAAAAAAUGAUAAAUAUGUGAUGUAUUUAAAUGGUAUGUGGUAUAUGGUAUUACAUAUUUGUACAUAGGCGGACCCGUGCCAUCAACUAGUGAGUUGUACCGAUAUUGUACUGCCAUUAGUCGAGUUAGUGGGUAACAUCGAGUGAAUGAAUUAUAGAUUAACGACGAAACGGAUUUUCGUUUCAUUUUUUCUUUUUUUCCCUUUUCAGCGCUAAAAGUGUAUAGGCGAUGAACGAAACGAAUAUAAUGGAUUUGAAUUCGAAGAUUAUAUUUUAAUUCUGUUCAUGUUUAACUAGACCGUGAGUGAAAUUAAUUUCUAGCGAAAAUAUAGUUUAAACUUAUAAUAGAAGACAGAAAAUUGUUAUGCGUUUUUUAUUUAAUAUAUUACUAUAUUAGAUGUUAUCGAUAAUUAUUUAAGCUCGUUCCAAAAAAAAAAGUAUAGUUUGAAUUUCUUUUUUUUUUCACAACAGGCUGAUUAAUUUUAAAGCAAUGUUGUGAAGUACAAGAUUAUUUAAUAAUAUAUGUAUGUUAUAUUAGUUAAUUUAACUGUAUUAAGCAAACUUUUUAAUUCUGUCGUUACCAUUGUUUAUUGUGAAUCCGAUUAAGUUUCAAUUAGUCAAAUUUUAUUAAUAUUUAUUUUACACGCCAUAACUCGUAUGUUUGCAAAAUGAAAAAUAAUAAAAUUGUCUUAAUAUAAUUGAAGCAAUGGCGAGAUUACGUUGCGAAAAUAUAUUGGUACAACUCGGCGAAGAAAGUGUAGCGUGGUUAUACACCUGAGGAAUGUGCUCAAAAUACUGUAUUAAAGAGAAAAAAAAAAAAUCUACUAAAUGAUCAUCAACGUUUAUGCAAGAAAAAAAAAAACUACUCUUAAACAAGUGAAAAGUUAUUUAUUCGAUUAUAUUGAUAUCGUAAUCUAUUGUCCUCUAACCUAUUACCUACUUUAAUGUCUAUCUCUAUACGCCAGCAUGGUUCUUUAUACUCUUCUAUUUGAUGUUAAUACACUAUUCUCUAUUAUAACUUUUACUACGACGGAGAAACGAACGAAAUGUAUUGUUAAUAGUGUUUUUAAAUGUAUUCGAAGCAUGGUCAGCUGUAGGGGAGCCACGGAUACGUAAUGUCGCGUUUCACAUGAGAAACUGGUCGGUUCGAUUCGAAACAUAAAAGAAGAAAAAGAAAAACAGAAUAAAUUCAUAAAACGCGAAGCGUUUCAGAAAUCUUUGAUCUCUUUUGCGCAAAACUAUCGUCUAACUUUGCCUUUUUCUCCUGACAAUUUGUAAGGUUAGAUUUCUUUGAAUAACACGUCAAAAUGUUAACUAACCUCGAUUCGAUUUUCAUUCGUUCGAUACGAAUAGUAUAUUCUCGUUCAAAUAUCCCUGAACAAUUUUUGCCCAUAAUCUAUUUUGCCGUCGUAAGAAAAAGAAGAAAAUCAUUUGGACGAAUGUCAGGACAACACGGUCCAGAGUAUUCAUGUGACGCGGACAUUUUCUAUCGCACGGUUAUUAUCGCAAUAAUUACGAUAGAGUGAAAGAAGAAAAUGUGUGCUCGGUAGCAAUAUCGGUGUGGACGUGUGUCCGCACUGUCGUUGUUUUUUCCACUUCUCUGCUCAACUAGUUCUUACCUGUAAGGAGUAGUAAUGUAUACAUUAAAUAUCUUCGUCACGGUUAGUCUUUUAAACAAAACAAUAAAAGAAAGAAAAAAGAAACACCGUUCUCUCUCCGACUCUUGUAUUGUCUUUUGCUCAAAACUCGCGGAAAAUAUAAAGAAAUUGAAAAUGCCGGUUUUGUUCCGGUGAAAAAAAGGCGCGGUCGAACCUCUCGUGAUUCUAUAAAAAUUAAAAAAUUAAAAAAAAAAAAAAAAAAUUCAAAAAAUUUGUAAUGAUAUCGCUCAAAAGUUGGUGCCAUAAGCAAUAUGGACAAUAUAUUAUUAAUUGUGUUAGAUGACGUGUGCGCUAACUACAGCUGGCCGAAUAAGAGAUUCCAUUUUGAGGGAUCUAAAAGAGACAAAACGUCACGUGAUCAUCUCUCAUCUGAGCAAUGUUAUUAUUCAUUUUACCCAAUGUUUCGAUAAAUGUAUGAUCUUGCUUCUUUCAUCUCUCUCCGUCAAAUUUCGGAUUAGCAAGUAUACUACUUUAGCUGUAUUCCGUAGACUAUUUCUCUAUUGAAUAUUCUUUCUCGACUACGCUAAAAAAAAGAAAAAAGAAAAAAAAAAAAAGAUUCCAAAUCUAUGCUAAAUCUAUGCUCAUGAGAAAAAAUCACGUGGCGGGACUUUCUACACACUUACACACACAGUUCAGUCAAUUUGAAGCGCGAUGUGGUAUCGAGUCGUCAACGAAAAUGAUCGAAAAUCGAUCGAAAGGCCUAUUAAACCGAUUUUCUCCCCGAUUCACGGAGGGGAGAGGAACGAAAGACCCCCCCUCGAGUAGGAGGCCUCGAAAACCCCUCGAUACACGACUCCACCACAUUGGUCUUCGGCCAAGUUAAAGAUGGCACAAACGUCGUGGCUGAUCCUAAGUAAAGUCCGACGCGCGCAUCCACGAUUCUCGUCGAUGCUUUCUAUCAGUCGGGAACACGUCGGAACGUAGAUUUUCGUCCAAUUCAACGAAACGGCCUCGUGAAAAUUUCGAUAUCACUGUGUUAUAUUAUAAUCUCUUUCUAAUAUGUCGAUAGCCAUAUGAUGUAACCGCUUGCUUUUUCACGUCAUUUUUAACGAAGUUUUAACGAAGUCUUUGAUCGAGGUGCUACACACGAUGAAUAACACCCGCGUGAAUGUAAUGAAUAUAAUGAGGGGGGGAAAAAAAGAGAAAAGAAAGAAACUGAUGGAGAUCUCCAGAUCGACGAGAAUUUUCACUCGCGCGCGUUUAGCGAUUUUUAAGUGUCAGUCGACAAGAAAUCAAAGGGCUCGUGAGAUCCGGCGAAAGCGUGGAUGCGAACGAAGAUAGGAAGGGGUGGUUCAACGAAGGAAGAGGGGAGAAAGUAAUAAAAGCGACACGUUAAGCUUAGCCGGAGCGACGAGUUUCUGUGCAUCAGUAUUACGUUCGAAGAGCGAUAAUAUACAUUGGUCUAGUGAUUAUACAUUAUAUUGCGUACAUACAAUUUUAUUUAAUAUACACAUAUAAAUAUAUAUAUAUAUAUAUACAUAUUGAAUAUGAAAGGGCGAUAUUAUUAUCAUUAUUAUUAUUAUUAUUAUUAAUUAUUAAUUAUUAUUAAUUAUUAUACGAUAGAUAUAUGAGAAUAUAUGUGUAUAUAUAUAUAUACUUAUAUGUAUAUAUGUAUACAAAUAUUUAUACAUAUAUAAAUAUAUAUAUAUAUAUAUGUAUGUAUUCACAUAUACUAUGGACGCUAAUUAUGUGCAGGGAGUAGGAAGCGGCGCGCUUCGCGAUAGGUCACGGUUUAAAUCUCGAUGUUGUUCGUUCGAAUGAAGUGAAAUAACGAAAAGAAGAAGAAGGAGAAGAAGAAGAAGAAGAGAUAGAAGCUUGGAAAACGCGAGCGAUGGGACUUCGUUGCGAUAAUAAUAAUAAUCAUAGGGGGAACGGGGUGAUAUUUGAAGGGAGGGAAGGGGGGGACGAUUGCUUACUUCGUUAUUCAGUUUUUCCAUCAACGUGAAGCUCCCGGCGGUGUCGUCGAAAACGUACACGAAACGAUUUUCAGGUUGUGAGUCGACUUCUCGUGCUCGUCCCGAUCGAUCUUUACGAAUCAUCCACGAUUUCCUGACAAUUAUCGUCAGGAUUCUCGAUUGUUUCUGCAUGAAGGGAUGCAUCGAUCCGCUAGCUGGACAAAUUUCGAAAACGAUCCACGAGCCUCGAGACAAGUCGGCGAUAUAUUUUCGCGGAUCAACCGAUUUCGGUUCUUCCACGAUCGAUUCGGACAUUCGUCCAUUCGAUGGCCAUGCAAAAGCGGAAAACUGUAUCGAAAAUCCUGGCUCACGAGUGCACGAGAAUGUUAAAAAGUGUAGAAAGAUGAAUAAAUAAUGUCGCGGGAUAUAUAAGGACAAGCGUGAAAGGGAGAGAAAGAAAGAUGUUUUAAUACUCAGAAAUGUAAUGUACGAUCUAUAUAUAUAUAUAUAACCAUCGUUUAUAAAUGGAUAUAAUAUAAAUAUGAUGAACAUAUGGAUAUAUAAAAUGUGUAUACAUAUAUAUACAUUAUUAUUGUGUUGUACAUGAUUAAUGUAUAUACAUAUAUACAUUUGCAGCGAUAAAUAUUAUAUAAAUAUAUAUAUAGACUAUUUUCUUCUAUUGGUAUUGUGAGUGAUCGUUGCGCGUUAUUUCCAUCAUAUAUCGCAAGACAUCCUGCAAUCAACGACGAGACACGAAACGUACGAUUUUUCGAAUCGAUAUUUCGAACAUAUUGUUGCUGAAUUGUAGAUAAAUUAAUGUGUAAUGUCGAAUUUCCUUUUGGAUAAACAUUUUUUCUUUGAAGAAAUGUAAGAAUGACUCGUUAUUCGUCUAUUUGGAAACUUUAAUUUUAUGGGAAAAAUAAAACGUAGGAUAAUAGAUAAUCUCUUGCGCAAUGUAAAUCGUAUUGAAUCGAUACAAUUUAUUACUACUCUGUUUCCUAUUAAAAUUAGUACUUUUAUUCGUGUACAAAAUCUUAGGAAUAUUUUACUUAAUAAUUAAUUUUUAGUGAGAACAAGUAUAGUUAAUUUUACUUGCUUUAUUCUUUUAUAUUUUUGUUUAUUCGUUUACUUAAAUUUCAUAAAAAUAAUAAUAAUAUUAUUGUUAAUUUUAAUUCAAAAUAUCUCGUAAAUAAUAAUUAGUGAUAGUAAAUCGAAUCAACUUCCUGUCGAUUAUACGACUAAUCGUCGUCUCGUGUCUCUUCCGUCUCAAAGUAUGCAGAGCGUCUUGCGCAAGCUAUCCCAACACCGAGCUAUACCAAAAGCAAGCGAAUAAGAAAAAGAUUUAAAAAAAAAAGUAAAAAAAAAAGAAUAAAAAAUAUGUAUGAUGUGUAAGCCAAGUGCCUUGUGUUCUGGUAACUAAUCGUUGACUUUUAACUACGAUAUUAGAGGAAAUGAGAAAACGAGAGAACGAGCGAAAGAAAGAGAUACGAAGAAGAAAUAAGCGAAAAGAAGAGAGGAGAACGAAAUUGAAGAUUCUUGAAGUGUGAGAAAUUGUAUUUCCUUUUAUUUUUUAGUCGAUAGCUAGAAUUUUUAUACAUCCGCUUUUGAAAUAAUUUUAAUCGUGAUAUUACGCUAUGAUAUUCGAAUUAUUUUUUUUAUUUAAACAAAAUUCUUGAAUUUGUAUGUAAAAAUAUAAAAGAAUUAUCGUCAAUCCUUUUUUUUUUGUUUUUUAAAAAACAAAUGGAAUAAUUUCAAUUUUUAAAAUAGAUAUAUCAAUAUGAGAAUAAACUCAAAGAAAUAUAAGUCAAAUAUAAUUUUCAAAAUAUAUAUAUAUAUAGUCUCAUUAAUGAUAUUUAUGACAUUUUAAUGAUAUUUUAUAUUUUAUAUCUCAAUAAGUUUUAAUAACGUCAAGAAACAUUAUUAUCGUGCAUUAAUUUUUAUAAUUCUCUUUGCAGCAAUCUUCGUAAUAUAAUUUUUGGAAUAUAAAAAUUCGAAAAUCAGUAAUAGAAUUAAUUCUAUUGCAAAUUUAACGACUUAAAAAAGAAGAUGAUGUUUCCAUAUUCGUUUUUUGAAAUACAAAUCGAUAUUUUUUAAAAAUAUAUCAUAAAAAAAAUUCUAUAAUAUUUAAAAAAUGAAAGAUAAGAUAAAUAUAGUCGUGAUUGUAACAAUGUGCCAAAGUAUGAUGGUAUUAUCAUCGUGAAUUAAAAUUUAUUUUUUUUUCUCAUCAUAUAAUGAAAAAGAAAAUCUUUAUUUUAAUUACUCAUAUUCUCUCUACUUUCACUGCCUGAACAAAAAACUUGAUUUCAUAUAUAUAAAUAAUAAAGAGUCGUUAAUUCUGCAAUUACAUAUUCUACAAAAAUGAUCCUAUUAAGGCUUAAUUUCUUUCGUUGUUUCAGAACAAAAAAAUCAAAAUUUUUUUCACAUUGUAUUACAACGCACAAAAAAUAUUUGAAUCCUUAUUAAGAUUGUUGCGAGUUUCACGAUCAUUACAUAGCAAUUUUUGAAAAAAAUUUUUCACAUAGUAACAAACAAGAGUGUAAAUUACUGAACAAAAAUUUAUUUUAAAAAGUAAAAACAAUUUUUAUAAAACUCUUCAAAAAAUAUAUAUAUAUAUUGAUUAAAUUUAGAUUUCAACAGCUUGAAUAUUAUUAUAAAAGAGAAUUUUUUUCCAAAAGUGAUGAAUUUUCUCGUAUAUUUCAUUCCAUAUUACUUAGCCAAGAGCUUAUAGCGAUCAGUAUACAUAUAACCGUGAUCGUUCUCACGAAAGUUGGCCAGAAGCGAGGCGAGCGUCCGGUAUCGUAUCGCGUGCAAAACUGAUUUCACGAAUGAAAACGAGGGAGAAUAGGAUCGAAAACUCGAUGGCGUAAAUAUCGUCGAGACGUUGUUAGGCUUAGAUGACAGAAUCACUCCUGCCUCGGUGCACUCUGGGCCCACCCCGCCCUUAUUCCCCUGUUAGUCAAGAAAAAAAAGAAAAAAAUAAAGAAAGAAAAAUAAAAACGAUAAGAAAUCUAAAUGAACGAAUAAGAAAAGAAAGCGGAGGGGAGGGGAGGGGGAGAGGAAUUUUUCAUUUGUAGCGGGAAUCGUUUGGUGUUGCGAUAGACGACGUAAAGCGAGUUAGAUCCGAAUGGAGUUCAAGUGUUGUAUCUUCGCGUGUGUAUGUACAUGUAUGUAUAUUUGUGUGUAUAUGCUGUGUAUGAGAUAUGCAUAAAAAAAAAAAAGAAAGAAAGAAAAUAGAAGGAGGAAUAUGUUUCUUUCCGGCGUGUCUCUAAACACUUCAAUAACGUAAUAAUCUUUUUAAACUUAUUGACGAGGAACGAAACAUUAGCUAUGUCUAAAAGGAAUUGAUGUACAUAGUAGAUCUCGAUAGAUAGGAAAAGUGUCGUGGCCGAGGGAGUUCUGCAUCCAUGACGCUUAAACGGAAUCGUAUGUGCAGCCGAGAAUAAAAUUGUUCUUCAAUCGUUGGAAUAUUUGAAAGAUAUUGGAAGAAGUGAAAUUUUGGUUGAUAAAGAAAAUAAAUGGCAACGAGCAACGAUCGAUUGCCUCAUGGAUGCAUUGAAUCGGAUGAGAAACCCCUUAAGCAGACAAUCCUGUUAUUUAGUUAGUCCUUAAAUACGCGCGAGCCGUGUUUCCUGUGUGCGAAUGGCGUGAAUGAAAAGUAUAUUAAUUCGUAAGGAAAUCGAAGUAAUUGCGCCUCUUCGUCACCCUUCUAUAACCCUGCUCGUCUCUUCCUUAUGUUUUUCUCUUUAUCCUUAGAUCUAUCUAAUAUACCUCCACGAAAAGCGGAUACGAGGCACGGUGCUUCUUACUCUACUCUUGGACGGAUGAGAUAUAAUCAUACGUGUUUUUUAACUGCGAAAAGGGAGAAGGAUCGAUUAAAAAAAUUUUUAAACAAUAAGGUAUAUACUCACUUCGAAGAAUCAAAUUCCGAUCAAAGUGCCAAUAAAGAGAUUUUUUCAACGUGGAUCUUAAAUAUAUAAUAUAUAUAUGUGUGUGUAUGUGCAUCUUCGUAUCCGCUUAGUUAGUACUACUAUUGUCGAUCUUGCGAAGACUUUUCUUCUUCAUCUUGAAUCUCUUGUAGACACUGGCUUAAUCGUAAGCUUUACAAAACGGUUGUAAUAGACUUAAUAUAUAUAUAUAUACAUAUAAAUACGUCGCUAAGAUUUUUCCUGAGAAAAACGAACAGAGUCACUAGUCGCAGUUUUCGCGAUUCACGUGUUUUAGAAGAACUUCGAUUUACUCGAGAGAAAUAUGAAAUAUUUUGUACCGUUUACUUGUUUCCUUUCGAAAGAGAAUAAAUUUAAGAUUGUAGUAAUAAUAAUUGGUCGCCUUAAGCGGAUCCAGAGAAAUUAGAAGAAGAAAAAAAUAUUUAGAAUUAAAAAUAUGUCGAUCUUUAAUAAGCGAAGUAUUGUUUGAAAAAAAAAAAGAAAGAAAGAAAAUAGAUUGACACACGGAAGUUCUUGAAAACAAAACAUGAAAUAUGACUCAAUACUGUUUUCUGUAUUCACAGAGUACUUAUUGUGUCUUUAGAGAUAAUUUCUGUAACUCUGCGAUUGUGCUAAUUUAUGGAAGGCUUAAAGAACAAUCAUACACGUGAAUUAUGUAGCUAUCAUUGAUCAAAAUUUAUGCAUAAUAUUGCAUUGUAGUGUAUAUUAAUCUACGCUCGUACCUUAAUAAUCUUUUUUGCAAAAUAUCAAGAAAGUAACAGACAAUGAUUAUGAUCAAAUUAUAAUAUUAUUUAACCCUUUCGUUAUACUAUUAAUUAUUCGAAAUGUAUGUGUAUAUACGAUUGUAUGCACGUAUAUGCAUAAUAAAAUGUCAAAAAGCUGUUAUUUAAAAUGGCUUUAAAAUAAUUAUUUCUCACAGAAAAAUCUAUUUAAAAAGAAUCUUAUCAUGCUCUUUUUUUAUUGAAUAUCAAUAUUUAAAAUCGGCGCAUUAAAGAUAUCUCUAUAUAUCAGAAAUAAAAUUCGAAUGAUUACAAUAAUCAUAAUAACAAUGAAAGGGUUAAAGUCUAUCAUCAAAAUAUUAAUCAAAAUAUUAAUUUCAACGAUCAUCAAAAAUCGUACAAACCGUAUUAUCGAAAAUAAUUCUUUUUUUUUUAUAUAUAUAUCAAAACCAAUCAAUCAAAAAUCCAGUCACGCAAUCAUGAAAAUAACUCGAGAAACAUCGAUCGAUCACGCUGAAGAUCGCGUAACUGUGACCAGAUCGAGUAUCGAAACGCUUAACAAUAAAUACCGUGCCAAAUAUCGUCGUUAUAAUCAAAGAAUGCAUCAGUCCAGCCGGUGUUACAAAUCGAAAAAAAAUAAAAAAAAUAAAAAAAUAAAAAUAAAAAAAGAGAGAAAAAAAAAUAUGAAGCACUACUGCGAUGAAUCGUGAAUCUUCCGUUCUUCCCAAUAAUUUACGUCAAGGCUGAAUCGACGAUCCCUCGUUCCUCUUCCACCUCUACAUAUGCAUUGUAGUACAGUGUAGCGAGCAAAUGGGGUGCAUCGUAGCCCAAAAAGCGGCGAACGUGUAGUAUGCAAUAAUAUUCUGUAUAAAGAGUCUGGAUUUUAUAUGUAUCGUGAGCAAUGGUAUGUAAGAAGAUGCACGAAAACUAUCCUUUCGAUUCUCUUGAAGCCCCUCCUCACCCUACCCACCCCCAUAACGAAUCGAGUGUUUCAAUUUAAGAAAUCGUAAAGCGUAAAACCCUGGAUUGCCCUUGAGAGUCGAAGAUCGACGGGAAAUAAUCAAAUUGAUUAAUCAAAAUUGACAAUCAAAAGAAAGAAAGAUGAUGGAUUCGUAACAGUGGAAAAAUUAAAGGAAGAAUAGUGAUUGAAGAAAAAAAAUAAUUGAAGGUUUUUUUUUUUUAAGUAUAAUCAUUGAUCAUGAAUGAUUAUUGGACUCUCGAGUGCGAUUCUUCCACGAGGAAAGCGAGGAUUGUGUCGAAUCGAAGAGGAGGAUCGAGUUGUUCGAUCUUCGUGUAGAGAUCGAUGCACCCUCGUUUAUGCUUUGCUAUGUGCUAGCUAUUUAUGCGAGAAAGAUAUUAUUAUAUUAUACAAUGUACACAGUAACCGUGGCUGAAGCUCCAAAUCAAAAUGCACAGAUCUAGAUGACGAGUGUCGAUCAUCGAUAAUCGUGUAAUUGCGUUCUCGAUGGGGAUGCUCGUUGAAUAAUUCUUUUUUUUUUUUUUUUUUUUUUCAUACUUUUAAGCGGUGUUGUAAAGCGAAGGCGUUAAUCAAGGGUCAAAAUUAAAACAGGCGAUGGACAGGUGGGAAACACACGAUUUUUUUCAAUUCGUUGAUUAAUAAUGAGAGAUUGGGAUUUGAAAUAUCGGGUAGAGAAUUUACAAUAUGUCGUCAGAAAGUUUUCGCUUUGCAAAAAUUUAUCGUUCCUGCUUGAUGUAACAAAAAUCAAAAGCAAGUGAUAAUUAAACGAUCAAAUGAUAGGACUGGACAUUCUUCUUUAAGAUAAUUAAUUUAUAGCGAAUUAAUUUCUUAUCGGUGUUCUUUAACAUUUAACAUUAAUCAUUUAGGUUUACAUAAUGAAAGAAUGUUGUGAAGAUCGAUCAGAGAUAUUUCGAUCUUUUCGCAGAAUGUCAGUUAACAAAAAAGAAAUGGCUAAUUACGAUAAUAAUUAUUACAAAUCUAGUCCUAUUUCUUUGUAUCAAGAAUUCUCAAUUUUUUCCAAAUUGAGCAAAUGAUUUUAAAACUUUUCAUCUCAAUGUUUGAUAUUCAUACUUAUAAAAAAAAGAAAACCAUGAAACGUAUUUAUAUAAAUUUUAUAAAAUAUCAAUUGAGAAUCAUUGUCCUAAAUUUACAAUUGAACAUUACGAAUUACAGGCUCAGAGCAUCUAAAUUCGAAACGAGCUUCGAGAUCAAUCCUCCAUUUUAUCCUUUUACAAUAAAUAAAAUUUAUAUAAAAAGAAGAGAAAGAUAUGAAAUCGAUGAAAAAUAUUCACUCGAAGGAAUAGAGUCGAAGCUUGUUAAUCCUCUAUAAUUCGACAGGAAUUAAAAAUCAAAAAUGAAAGAUCGAAAACAGAGAGUGCGAGAGUGAGAGAAUGUAUAAUGUGUAAGAGAGAAAGAGAGAAAGAGAGAGAAAGCGAAUUAGACGUUUGACAUAUCAAAAAGACAGGAUUCUUCUUCAUGAGAAACCACACAGCAAUACCUUUCCGCUCAAUAUGGAUAAUAAGGAAAGAGAAAAACCUAUAACGAUGUUUUGAGAAUGUUUUUAAUCGACGAAUUUAAAGAAUUCGAUGCCAUUUACGGAGACGGUAGGCGAAUGUAGAUAUUUCGGCGAAAUUUUAACGAUAAAAAAAGAAAAAAAAAGAGAGAGAGAAAGGACCCUCGUCACGUACAAUAGCGUGUAAAAUUGCUUUUAAACCCUGAGGUUAACAAUUAAAAAGAGCUGACAUCGUACAAUAAAUCACUGAAUUUCUUAUCGCGUGACGAUUCUAAAGUUUUUAAACAUGACAUCAUUCGAACUACAUUAUUUGUAUACCGCGAAUUGAUAAACAUACGAAUCUUGGAAAACAUUUUUUCAUAAUUGUAGGGAAUAUUAAACGAACGAAAAAUGAAGAGAAAAAUUGCAACACGAGUCACACGAGAUAAAACGCAUUUAACAAUUUCAGUAAUCGUGGCUCUUUUCCAAAAGAAAAUAUCGCCCUAUCGUCCUUUUGUACUAUUAUAGUUCGCGAAAGAGAAAUUUCGAGAAUGCGCCAGCUAAGAAUCGAAUCGAAACGAUUCAUAGUUGAAACUUCGAUGAUAGAAUGGGGUAAAAAAAAAGAAAAAAAAAGAAAAAAUUGGUAAAAGAAUUACCUAGGUAUUGAUGAAUAUGUUAGAUAUUAUACGCGAGUAAAUGUUUAUAUCUCGUUAACGAAGAGAAUCAUAGACAAUGAGAGAGAGAGAGAGGGAGAGAAAGAGAGGGAGAGAAAGAAAGAGAGAGAGAGAGAGAGAGAGAGAAGAAAAAGAGCAAAGCGUCCGGUGUUGAGAGCAGGAGAGGCAAAAAUUUGUUUGUAAAAUCUAAGAGAAAAAAGGAAGACUAUCGUUAGACUAUCGUGAAAAAUCAUGCGAAAAGAUAAAAUAUAAUAAGAAAAAUUCCAUCUAUUCUUUCGCUUGCCAAAACGGUGUGACGAGAGAGAGAAUAAUAGUUAAUAAAAGAGCGAGGAUACGUACAACAGUACAAGAUAGACAAAAUAAAAAAGAGAAAUGUUUGUAAGAUAUCGACUAAGUCCUGAGGAGUUUCACUUUAAAAAUAUAGUAGUACGACGAAAACAAUGUAAAUGUAUGAAAGGUCUAUUAUUCCCUUCAUCCUAGUCCGUUCCUAAUCUUUCUCAGAAUAUAUUUCCUUCCUCCUUUUGCAAAAUCCUUCCUCGGCAUCCUUUUCCUCCCUCUCUACGACGAGUGUAAAAAAAAAUAUCAUGUAAAAUUAAUACACACACCGAUUAAUAUAAAUAUGAAUAUAAAUAUAAAUAUAAAUAUUAUAAAUAAAUGAAUAAAUAUAAAUAUAAAUAAAUAAAUGAAUAAAUAAAUAAAUAAAUAAAUAUAUAUAUAUAUAAAUAUAUGUAUGUAUACAUGUGUGUAUGCGUGUAUUUAUAUAUGUAUACAUAUCUGCACGUAUGUAUACACAUAUAUAUACAUUCUAACAAAUGAUUGAUUGUGAGUCAUUUAAAUAAUUGUUAUAUGUAUUUUCUAUAUAUUAUGACAACUAAUACAAUGAUAUAUAUUGAGAUGACAUUACGGUACUAUUAACUAAGUGUAGUUAAAAAAAAUUAGGCGGGCGGAUGCUCGCGUUACAAGAAAGAGAUAGGAAAAAGUUGGAUUAUUCUAGUCCAAUAUUUCUAUAAAUCUCGCUAAAUAAAAACAAAAAAGAAAGAAAUAAAGAGAAAAAAAAAAAAAGUAAAAAUGGCGGAGAAGGCGGGCCAGCGCGCAAAUAAUGCGAAAUAUUUAAAAAACAGACAAAAACUAGAAAAAAAAGAAAACGAUAGGAACGAAACACUCGAAACGGUUCCUUUGCACCACGAUUGGUGAAAGAAGUGUAUCUUUUCAUCUUGAAAAUCAUUUAUGCAUGGACUAGAAAUGACGAAAGAAAACGCGAUAAUAAAAAAAGACACGUGUCGUGGUGACAUUUCGAGUGUGUUCGUUACAUAUUGAAAAAAAAAAGAUGAAAAAAAAAAGAAAAAAAAAUAACACUGAGUGAAGAAAUCAAUGUGGAAUUUGCAACAAAAAAAAAUGUAUUUUCUCACUCCCACUGCGAGGUGUAUGUUCAUCGCUACAUCUUAUUUGGAACGAAAACCUAAAUAUUAUAUUAUUAUAUAAAAUCACUAUAUAAUUGUAACGAAAAUUGUUUUUCAAACGAUGUGGUAUUUUUAUUGUAGAUAUUAUUAUAUAACAAAUAAAAUCAUGAUUCAUUAUA